CUGGCACUCUUCUCGCCAUAUCACCCCCCGUCCUCCCCUCGCCUCGAUCGCCAAUGUUAUUUAUACUGCCCCUCCCUCUCUCUUCUCUAAUUCUAUUCAUUUCCCAAAUGUCCAUAUUCCUCUCUUUCACUUCUCUCUGCACCCUCGUCAUGAGUUUUUGCCUCAAGAGCCUCCACUCUCUCUUCAGUUUCUCCCUUUCUCCUGAUCCUGCCUUCAAGCCCAAUAAUAAUGUCACUGCGAUCGAAUCCCCCCGCCGGACCCCUGCCACCUCUUCUCCGGGGAUAUCUGUUGAAAAUGUCGUCCACUUUCCGGAGGCGGCGGUCGUGAAGAAGGAUCCCGGCGGAAUUGGGUUUCUCGACGAAGUCGGCGGCUGCGUGGACGGCCUGAUGUCGUGCACGGAGAGCCUGGGGUUCGAGAGCUCCGAUGAGAGGAGGUUUGAAUGCCAGAUUGGGGGAAUCCAGAGCGGUGGCCAAUUGGUUGCCUCGAGGACAAUCAAAUGCAGGAGAGCAGCCUCGAAGAGCACUGAGGUGAAGAAGUUUCCGCCGCCGAUUUCGUCUCUGGAUCACAACGGCCGGCCGACUUUCCUUCUCCGGUCGGUGAGGAGAGACGGCAGGCUGGAGCUCGCGGGCGUGAAGAUCGAGCGCCCGGAGAUUCUCCAUGCUUCCCGCGAAGAUGGACGGCUGAGAUUACAUCUCAUUCGGGAAGCAUAUGAAGAAGAGGAGGAGGAGACUGAAGAGGCGAGCGAAGAAGAGGGGGCGGAGAAAAGUGACAAGAAGUGGGCGUUUCCGGUGAAGAGCGCCGGCGGAGAAGGGCUCCGGCGGUGCCACGAGAUACUAAGCCGCGGCCACCACCACCACGGCGGCGGAGGGGGGCUGCAUGGGUGGAGACAGCCCUGCCUGACGAUAAGGUGA